UUCAGCUUUGUUCGGACGUAUUUAAUUAAAUAAUUCGAUUCAAACAUUUCUCCCUGAAUUCUUUGGUCACUUUGUGUUUGUUCUGAAUUUAAAGUUUCAUAGCGUCUUUGGUGGAAAUUAGGAAAACAUUGAUCCAGCGUUCCAAGUUCCGUUUCCGGUGACCAGAACCACGUCGGGAAAAGUGUCUUUUAAAGCAAAAACGUUCUUUCAAAAUGGAAUCACAUGAGAAGAGGGCCGUGAUCGGCGGGGCCACCCCUGGUGACCUUGGAAACGUGACCUCUGAAGAGGGGGACAGAAAUGGUAAGACUGAAAUCUGUCCAGCCUUGAAGCUCAAAAAUCUGGACGACCUGUUCCCCUACAUCGGCGAGUUUGGCUGGUACCAGCGCAUACUGUUCCUCCUGAUGAUACCUUAUGCUUCAUUCUUUGCCUUCGUCUACUUCGCCCAAAUCUUUAUGACUAUUGUGCCUGAACACCAUUGGUGCUACGUGGAAGAGUUGGGGGAACUUAGCUUGGAGGAGCGCCGCCACCUGUCAAUUCCAAUGACAACAGAUAAUAAAUUCGAAAGAUGUAUCGUUUACGACGUGAAUUGGACGACGGUGCUACAAAAUGGCGUCCGAGAUCCCGACACAAAAUGGCCGACCAAGAAAUGCGCGGGAAAAUGGGAAUUCAACUUCACUGAUGUGCCCUAUGAAACUAUAGCAACAGAGUUGAACUGGGUGUGCGACAGGGACGACUACCCUGCGACGGCCCAGGCUGUAUUCUUCUGUGGUGGCAUUGUCGGUGGCUUCUUAUUCGGCUGGAUAGCUGAUAAAUACGGCAGGAUACCAGCUUUAGUGGGAUCCAACAUGGCUGGUUUCCUGGCCGGAGUUGGCACCGCCUUCGCUGACAGUUUCUGGUCAUUCUGCCUGUGCCGCUUCCUUGUCGGCCUGGCUUAUGACAACUGCUUCAUCAUCAUGUAUAUUGUUGUGAUUGAGUAUGUGGGUCCAAAAUGGCGGACGUUCGUAGCUAACAUGUCAAUAGCGGUGUAUUUCACGCUGGCUGCUUGCAUUCUACCCUGGAUAGCGCUGGGCGUGAUGGACUGGCGAAUCUACGCACUGGUAACCAGUGUACCACUUGCUUUGUCUAUACUAACGCCCUGGGUGGUUCCUGAGAGCGCCAGAUGGCUAAUAGCACAAGGAAGAAUCGACGAAGCUCUGAAGAUCUUGAAAAAAUGCGAAAGAAUCAACGGGAAGAAAAUACCUAAGGAAAUUAUACAGAAUUUUAGAGAAACUGCAAUAGAAAUAGCCAAAGCAGAAGAGGAAACCAAGAAAUACUCCGCACUGGACCUGUUCAAGACGCCACGCCUGCGCCGCCAUAGUCUUCUACUCAUCGUAAUUUGGAUCACCAUCGCUAUGGUGUUUGACGGGCACGUCAGGAACGUCGGUUCCCUUGGGCUGGACAUCUUCACGACCUUCUCAGUCGCUACAGCCACCGAGUUCCCAGCGGAUGUCUUGCUGAUCCUGAUUCUUGAUGUUGUGGGGCGCCGCUGGCUAUCUUGCAGCUCAAUGAUCCUGAGUGGAGUAUUCAGCUUGUUGGCUGCUGCCGUGCCUAUUGGCGUACCGUCGGCGUGUCUGGGUAUAGUGGGCAGGUUCGCAGUAAACAUAUCCUACAAUAUCGGCAUGCAGUACGCGGCGGAGUUGCUGCCCACUGUACUGAGAGCCCAGGGCCUGGCCACCAUUCAUAUAACAGGAUACGUGGCGACUAUACUCGUCCCUUAUAUAGUUUAUUUGGCUACAAUAAAAACCUACAUCCCCCUCAUAAUCCUUGGAACGCUGGGUAUAUUCGGAGGGUGUCUCUGCCUCCUCCUCCCAGAGUCCACCGGCAAGGAGAUGCCGCAGACCAUUCAGGAAGCAGAGGACUACGGGAGGAACCAGAGGUUCUGGGAGUUACCAAGUCGCAAGAAAGACAUUUGUACGAAGUAGAUGAUCGAAAUAUAUCAGAUUUCUAGACCUCCACAAAAGCUAGCCUGAGAAAUGAAAAAAAUGUAUCACGUACUUAUAAAAUAAAUAAUAAAUAUUGAAUUAUAUGUUUUUUU